AUGGCGGUGCCGCGCGAAGGGUGGAAGGCGACGGACUUUGUAGUGGACGACAUGGUGUACUCCAGCAUUGACGUGCUCAUAAUGGACGCCCUACGACACCUACAAUGCUUGGAGAAGAAUAGCACGCUCAGGCUGUACACCGCGUUCAUCUACCACUACAAGAAGUGGGCGGCAAAGAUGCUGAAGCAGAUACGCGACAAGCUCCCCCAUGAGCAACGACUUAGGCACGUCGACGAGAUCGGCCACUACAUCCAGGACAACAAGAAAAAGGAUUGGUGCAACGAGAAAGUGGUCCGCCGAGAGUACAUCUGGCUGCACGGCCCUAAGGUCACCGAAGCCCGGCUGCGCGCCUACGUGAAGCAAAUGAGCCGUGAGUGUAACCUCAUUGCUGACCCGCCCGGGGAGGAGAACAAUGCCACGCGAACGGGGCCUGUGAGGUCGACAACUGUGCACACGAUCCUCGGCCGCAUAAAGGCAUGCCAGAUGGCGGCGAGGGUGGAGGCGACGCUGUACCGAGAGAAGGAGCUGGGCAUCAUGAGGGAGAUCUCGGUGGUGAGAUCGGAGAUGCGGUUCAACGUCCGCCACAAGAACGAGAGGGACAUCAAGAACUGCGCUGACCGUCGACGCGGCACCAUCGGCGAUACCUACACCGCCGAGCAGUUCCGCCAGAUCAUGAUGAGGGUGCUGCCGACAUGGGCGGCGACGGCGUGGAACCCGCGGGCUACCACUCCGUCGCAGACGCUGUGGCGAUUCCUGCUCAUCAAGGUGCUCACGCUACUCUCCCACCACACUCUCCUGCGCGGCGCCAGCAUCCGCGAGAUCACGCUCCCCGACGUCUUCUUGUACCACCUGGCGAGCACCUCAGAGGUGAACCCGGAUAGCCAGCCGGUCGUCAUGGUGAUCGCUGCGCGUAACUCAAAGACUUCCAAGGAUGCCCGUCUUCAGCAGAGCUACGCUGCGCGACACCUGGAAGCGGAGCUGUGCGCCGUCGGCGAGACCGGCCUGUGGCUGCACUUCAUCCUCGACCAGAUCGGUCAGUUCUCCGGCACCGACUUCCUUUCGCCGCUUGACACCACAGAACGCGAACGCUGGUACAAGAAGCAUCUCUUCUUCGCCAGAAACGACAAGGAGCAGGAGGAGCUCUCCUCCGCCACCCACCAACGUUGGACUCGGCAGAUGUGGAGGACCAACAAGGAAAUAUCCGUGCGCAUGGACACCCAGUAUCACAACAUGUCCCUCAAGGAGGCGCUGAAGAAGGAGGUCGAACGCUCGGCGCUCGAGAAGCUAGGCUACCAGGAGACGAUCGAGAAGCAAAACGACACCAUCGCGUCGCUCACCGCCGAGCUUGCUCGACUCACCGAGGCACUCCGUGUGUCAGAAGCCCGGAGGAUGCCGGCGGCGCCGCCGUCGGCGACCGAUCAAACUCCGGGCGAGGGUGGCUCCGCGGAUUCGGCCAACACGGGGACCGGAGCCAAGAGAGAUGAUGGGAAACCCCCGCCACCCCCCCAGACGGCAGAGGAGGCCAGUUACGAGCUCAACGUGGUGCAACCGUGGCGGGAUUCAAAGACCGUGCGGGACGCUUGGCGCCUCGGGAACUCCGCCACCGCCAAUGACACCCGUCGUCUUUGCGACAGGGUCGCCGAGCCGGGGUUCAUCGACCGCCACACCCUCCUCAAAGGCGCGACCCAGGGUGCACUCAACAUGAGGGUGCGCCGCAUGCUGAAGGCCAUGGAUGCGGUGCGCCAGCUACGCGCGAGCGACGGCGAUGCCGACACCGAAGCCGUGGUCGAUGCACUGAACACGAUCGCGGCACCGGGCAUUGGGACCUUCUACGAUGCCCUCACGGUGCUCAACCCGGAGACGGCACCGACGAUGUCCAAGGAGCCUGGCAUGGGCGUCAAGGGGCUUGGCCCCAAGGUGGUCUCGAAGCUACGCCUCGCCUGUGCGCUGGUGGCGCUGGAGCUGAAGCCGACGACGUGGGUCGACCGCCUGUUUCCAGACACCUGGGAGGAUCAGAUGCCGAAGACCGAGGCCGACUUGGCCAAGCAGACCGCACCUGCGCAGCGUCCUCCAUCAAAGCGCAAGAAGUCGGCAUGA